AAUAGUUUCCUUUUCUUGACCCACAAAACCAUAUAGUAUACCAUUAUAUUUAUAUAUUAUCUCACCAUCAUCAAAUUAAAAAGAAGAACACAAAAGAGGUCAUCAUCAUUCAUCAUUCAUCAUCAUCAAAGCUUUUAUUCGAUGGGAAGAAUCACAAGUUUUGCAGAUCUCAUAGGUAAAAUCAAAGACAAAGCAUCCCAAAGCAAAGCUGCUUUCGUCUCAUCAAACACUAGAAGCAAAACUCUCUCUUUCCAUCUCUCUGUCCUCCGUGCCACUACUCACGACCCUUCAACGCCGCCGGGAAAUCGUCACCUCGCCGUUCUACUCUCCGCCGGUACUGGCUCACGAGCCACCGCUGCUUCCGCUGUCGAAUCCAUCAUGGACCGUCUUCACACUACCGGAGAUGCUUGCGUAGCCCUCAAAUCUUUGAUCAUCGUCCAUCACAUCGUCAAACACGGGCGCUUCAUCCUCCAGGAUCAGCUCUCUGUUUUUCCUGCUUCCGGUGGCCGUAAUUAUCUGAAACUUUCCGGUUUUAGAGAUGAGAAAUCUCCUUUGAUGUGGGAGCUUUCUUCUUGGGUCCGAUGGUAUGCUUUAUAUCUUGAGCAUCUUUUAUCAACUUCAAGAAUCAUGGGAUUUUUCAUAUCUUCGACAUCGAGUACAAUUCACAAAGACGAAUACGAAGAAAUGGUUUCGUCUCUCACAAACUCUGAUUUGCUUCGUGAGAUGGAUGCGCUCGUUGGUCUACUAGAAGAAUCAUGUAAAAUCCCGGAUCUACCCUUCUCCGGUGGCAAAUCUCUAGCCGACAAAAUCACUCACUUGGUCGGAGAAGACUACGUGUCUUCGAUCAACGAGCUUUACACGAGGUUAAACGAGUUUAAAGAGCGGUCCAACAGUUUGAGCUUCGGAGAUACGGUCGAGCUUGUCUGUGCUUUGAAGCGGCUCGAGAGUUGUAAAGAGAGGUUGUCUAAAAUCUGUUGUGGGAAUUGGAAGAGAGGUUGGAUCGAUGGGUUCUGGGGUUUGGUUCUUGAGGUCAAGGGUAUCCUUGGUAAUUUAGAAGAUACUACUAAUUAUGGGCAGAUUGAGAAAUCGAUUGUUGGGUUUGGGAUGAGAGAAAAAAGAUACGAAUCGGCUCGGUUUACCGAUCGGUUAGUUAUUGGUUACGGCGAUGCUGUUCGGUUUUCUUCGGGUAGAUUUUCGAAUGUCGAUCGGUUUAGUGUACCUGCUGGUUUCUUCUAGUCAAAGAUUUUUGUUGAGUGUACGACUUUGAUCUUCUUGUUAAUUUUUUUAAUUUAAAUUUUGGUCAUA